CCAGUUUAGUAAGGAGUAGUACGGGAUGGACCGGUUCAUUCUGGCGAGCGUUUCCACUCAGUUAAGUCUCGCUUCCACUGAGCGGAUGGUUUCCCAGGGCACGCGUGGUCAUUGCGUCACUGUAGUGUGGGGAGUAGAGAAGCAACAACGACGGAGGUCAUCCGGCAGCUUGUCUUUUUCUCACUUUCAUUUUUGUACAUUGUGUAUAACAGGAAUUUAAUAAUGUUUGAAAGAAGGUUUCAGGCUGUUAAGAAGAAUACCGCCGUAAAGAGGAAAACGGAAUCGCUAGCUUAGUGCUAUGUUGAUGCUUUCUAAUGUCGUCAUCACUUUCGGUCCAAUCAGAGGGUGACAACAGCGACUCCGCCUCUACUGUCCUAAUUUUCUAUGGAUCUAUAACGGAUGGGGGCCCUCAAGAGAUACGGGUCAGAACUUUCCAAUGGGUCCAUUUUACAAUGGAAAUGCUCAAAAUAACGGAUCAAACUGUACCAUACUGGAACUGAAACGAGACUUUAGUACCAAUAGAGCAUGGUUACACCACUACAGCCUACCUGAGUAUUGUUACUGACCAUGUCCAUUCCUUUAUGACCACAGAGUCCCAUCCUCUGAUGCUACUUAUAACAGGAUAACUCUCCAUGUCAUAAAGCUGGGAGAAUCUCAGACAGGUUUCUUGAACAUGACAAUGAGUCCACUGUUCUCAAAUGGCUCCAGUCACCAGAUCCCAGUCCAUUGGAACAUCUUUGGAAUGUGGUGGCACGGGAGAUUGGCAUCAUAGAAGUGCAGCCGACAGAUCUGCAGCAGCUGUGUGGUGUUAUCCUCUCAACAUGGUUCAAAUUCUGAGGAAUUUUUACAGUAUCUUGUUGAAUCUGUGCCAUGAAGGAUUAAGGAAGUUCUGACGGCAAGAGGGGGUCCAACCCAGUACUAGCAAGGUGGAGCUAACAUAGGAGCCAGUGGGUGUAUUUUGUGCAUUUUAGGCCUGUAAGUUCAUCUCAGGACUGAUCAAAUGUUGCUAUCACAUCUUUACAGUUAGGUAUAAUUAUUUGCUUUCUUUAUGUUUUAUUCUGUAAAGUCACUGGCGACAAUGGGAAACUGCAGAAAUUAUGUGAUAAUUGUGUGACUUUCAUUGAUUCAAGCUGAUUUCCAGAUUUGGCUAAUGAUAACUUCAGGAUAUGCUUUGCUGUUGGUAUUUCCUGAUUGUCUCUGAAGAUUAAGAAGUACCUAUGAGCACAAAAAAGGAUUUGUGAUCAAAGAAUGGAGUUUUCUCAAAAGCAAAGUUUUAGAUGUUGGACUUCGAACGCUUAAACAAUGAAGCACUGCAUGGAUUUCCUUUUCAAGGUGGAGCGAGAUCACAUUCCGACCAAGGUUGCUUGUCUCAGAUCUGAAUGGAAAGCCCUCAUUGUUAACUUGUGGAUGUCUGUGGGUUAUUUCCACCUCAGGGUAAAGCUUUUAUGUCUUACUUUGCACAGAUCUUUGUUGGAUCUCUCCACAGAGCCCUGCAGUGGUGACUGGAGCCUCAGAGGGAAUCGGAAGAGCUUAUGCAUUGGCACUUGCUGAGCGAGGAAUGAACAUCGUUAUCAUGAGUCGAACCAAAUCAACACUGGAUCAAGUGGCAAAGGAAAUAAGCAAUUCCACGGGUCAAAAGGUGAAGGUGAUCGUAGCUGACUUCACUGAGGAAAACAUCUUUGGUGAAAUCGAGGAGCAGCUCAAGGACCUCUGCGUUGGAGUUUUAGUCAACAACGUCGGCAUUCUUCCCAGCUUCAUCCCCUACAGGUUUCUGGAGUCUGAAGACCUGGACCAAACAAUUACUAAGGUGAUAAACUGCAACGUAAAAACCAUGGUUAAGAUGUGCAGAAUGAUUCUUCCACACAUGGAAAAGAGGAGAAAAGGGGUGAUUGUGAACAUUUCUUCUGGAAUUGCUUCUAUCCCGUUUCCCCUCUACACCCUUUAUGCAGCAUCAAAAAUAUUUGUGGAGCGCUUUUCUCAAGGCCUACAAGCAGAAUAUGAAGAUAGAGGCAUUCUUAUACAGGCGGUGGCUCCAUUUGGGAUCUGCACUCGGAUGGCAGGUUACCAGCAACCCAACAGUGUGACCUUUUUACCAGAAGACUUUGUAAAGAAAUCUCUGCAGUACCUCCGAGCAGGAAACAAAACACAUGGCAGUAUUUGUCACAUAGUUCUAGGCUGGUUACUGCAAUCCAUUCCCCUAAAGGUUCUCCACUCAGACUCUCUGCUGCAGGGCAUACAAAACUACGUUAAGAAGAAAACGCAGAAGGCUGCAUCACGAGAGACCAACAAAGAAGACAAACCUUAACAAUGAAAUCCCAAGAUGUAUAGUUUGAUAAUAGACUGAAAAAGUCAUACUGGUGGAUGACAAAAUGUACUGGAUCUUUGAAUGACAUUUCUACAAAACCAAAAGGGAAAUGAAAAAAGAAAAGGGAUUUUAUUGUGAAGGGAAAUGAUGUGUAUUUUAAAUAGUAUGCUUAAUAUUCUUCUGUUUGAUUCAUAAAAGAUGUUUAGAAGGAAAAUGUUUUCAUAAAGCUGAAGGAAACAAGUGGCUUUAAAUUUCUCACUCCUUUACUGCACGUGUCAAAGUUAAGGCCCGGGGGCCGGAUCCGCCGGCCCACCAGAUCAUUUUAUAUAAUUGUUAUUAACGAUGUUAUCUUGCGCUGGUAACAUAAGCCUCAUUUCCACUGAGCAGUCCGCUCUGGUAAGGAGUAGCAGUAUAUAUUUUAUGGAGAUCACAAUCUUUUCAGAUAUUUAUAAGCUUAACUUUUCAUAUAAACUGGUAAAAGUAAAGGGCUUUUUCCUUUUAAUGUUUAGUUUAUUUCUGACUUGUAUCAUUUUGUCAAAAUAUAUUUUUAUGGAGAGUAAAAUGUUGAAAGUUA